CUUUCUGUGGUUUUCGCGGCUGGCAGAAUACUUUUCUAGGCUGUUUAGUGAGCGAACUUUCGAAAGAGUUAUUAAAAACAAGAAUGCAUUCUGAUCACAGUAAAAAAUAGUGCGGGAUGCUGUGUAAAAGAAUAGAAGAAAAUGAGGUCACGUGGUCAAUCUUUGGAAAAUGGCGGAUGACCGUAGAUUAAACAUGCAAGCGGGAUUAUAAACUCCAAAAUACCGCCACUCCGUAAAGCAUCCAGACCCUGAAACCAUCUCAACGCACGGGUAAUAUACUGCUGCUCUGUUCGGUGCCAAAAAAUCAGAGCAAAAUGAUGAAACGAGGGCGCGGGAGACCACCGAAAUCCAUUAUGAGCGGUGUCGUUGGUCGAGGAGCGGGAAGAACACCAUCGCCUGCCGCCAAACGAAGAAACAUUGGCCGUGGUGGAGCAGCCAGCAACGGGGACAGUGAUCAAGAGGACCCUGGUGGAAGUCCCUCCAGCUCGAGGUGCAGUACCCCGAUGAGUAGGGCCUCAAGUUACAUGUCCUCCCCAUCUUCAACUUCUGGCAGGGGUAGAGGUCGUGGGCGUGGCCGUGGGAGGGGGAGAGGUAGAGGUGCAAGUUCUGUGACCAAAUCACCCAGAACGCCAAGGGAGGCAGCCAGAAAAAGCAAAAGAUUAAUUCAGGAGGUGAUUUCUAGUGAACGGGUUGCAAAAGUGCAAUCAACAAAGGGUGAAAAAGGAUCAGGGAGACGAAAACAAAAACAUGCUAAAAAGCCCAAACUCAGCUCAGACGAAGAGGGGGACAGCAGUCCAGACGAGCUUGAGCUCGAGGAAGAAGACAGUGACCUUGAGUCGCGUUCUUCAGGUUCAGGGUCCAACGAUGAGGGAAACAUUUCUGAAUUCUCUGAGGAGAGUUCAUACAGCGAGGCAAGCAGUGCUCCGAGCAGGCGCUCCAAGUUGAGAUUGAGCCUCCCACCCUCUCCAUCCUGGCUAGAAGAGAAGGACAUUACCCAUUUGGAAUUGCCCAAGAGUGCCGAUGACCUGACAAUUGACAGAAAUGAUCUAAUGACCGCGUUUGCUGUGUAUGAGGUGUUGAGACACUUUCACCAGCAGCUGAGGCUGUCCCCGUUUCGAUUUGAGGAUUUCUGUGCGGCUUUAAGCAGCGAGGAACAGUGCACUCUGCUCGCUGAAUCGCACAUCUGCCUCCUUCGGGCCCUCAUGAGGGAGGAAGAUGGCAACAGUACAACAUUCGGACCCCACGAUGUCCGUGACAGUAUCAACAUCCAGAUGAUUUUCCUCGACGGCAUGACCUGGCCGGAGUUGGUCCGAUGCUACAUCGAGAGUGACAAAGAGUUCCUUCACGUAUUGCCUCAUGUUGAGGCUGAGAACUACCCUUUCGCCACGGCAACCGACAAACUAAAAGUGCUCCAGUUUCUCUGCGAUCAGUUCCUCGCCUCCAACAAGGUCCGGGAGGAGAUAUUGAGCGAGGGCGCUAUCACAUACGAUGAUCACUGCCGGGCCUGCCACAAGCUCGGAGAUCUUCUUUGUUGUGAGACCUGCACCGCGGUGUACCACUUGGAGUGUGUCGACCCACCUCUCACUGAGGUCCCCGAGGAUGACUGGCUGUGCUCUGUCUGUAAGGAGCACCGUGUAGACGGGGUCUAUGAUUGUAUCUCAGAUGUGGAGAAGAGUGGGAUGUUGAUUCGUCAUGAGCCACUUGGAUAUGACAGACACGGAAGGAAGUACUGGCAUCUCUGUCGACGUAUUAUUGUGGAGGGUGAGGACCAGAUAUGGUACUACAGCAGCAAGCCCCAGAUAGAAGAGCUCAUAUCCACCCUUGACCCCCUGGAAUGGGAAGGGGCAUUGUGUCGAGCCAUUCAGGAGUCCCUGCUAGAGAUCACAGAUCAUGUGGAUAAGACUGCAGUGCUGACCAAUAGCGCUCGUGGAAACCAGCGGUCAGAGCUACAGAGAGCUGCAGAUGAAAUCCUUGCAGCGAGGACUGCCAAGGAGGAGGAAGAGCGUAAGAAGAUUGAGGAGGAAGAAGAGGCAAAGAGGAAAAAGGAAGAAGAAAAUCUUAUCGCACAAGAAAAGGAGCAAAUAACUGAAGAGGAAAGUGACAGGAGGAAAGCGGAAGAGAAGAGACUGGGUGAGGAGGCAGAGAUUGAAAGGGAAGCAAAACCGUUGAAGGAGGAGGCUUGUUUGGUUCAGGCUGACAGUCAGGCUGAAGAGGCACAACUGCCUGAAGGUUCCCAGGCUUCUUCUGAGACAAAGACAGAUCAAGAAAAAGGUGAUGACCUUAAAGAGACUGUUAAGAACGACUCUGAAGGUUCUCCUAUGGAACUUGAUGUUGACACUGUAAAACAAAGUGAUGUGAGAUCAGAAGGUGAAGUUAAACAGGAAAGCCCAGAGGAAACUAGUCAGGACAUUCAUGUCGACCAGUCUGAGGUCCCUGUGUCCAUCACAGAGCAGACCACUCACUCGUCCACGACGGUGACACAAAGUAAAAUGGUGACUGAGACGAUGGAAGUCGCAACGACAUCAGACACUGAAAGCAGCAAUAGCAGUGUGAAGGUCACAGCUGUCACCACGGAGACCGCUGUAACGACAACGACAACAUCGGUCACCCAAGUCAAAACAAUCGCAGUAACCUCUGCAACGGAAACCCCUAAGUUGAGUCAAGAAGGUGAUGGCCAAGGCACACCUAUGGAUACUGGUGAAAACAGCAGCAGCAAAGAGGCGGACGGUGAGGAAACCAAAGCGGGAACAAACUCCUCGCAAUCAGAUCAAGACAAGGACCCUGAAGCCAUGGAGAGUCAAGCCAAAGACGGUGAGGAGAAGGAGGAUUCCUCCGGCAAGACGCCUGCCAAGAUAGGCAUCAUGACUCGAUCCCGCAACCCCAACUACAAACCACCCCCGCCCAAGACCACUCCGUUCUUGACCUACGCCACCAAGACGUCACCUGGGGGCAUAACCCUUACCAGCAAGACCAUGAAAGAGGACUCUUGUCUUGUGAUCAACGCUAAGGGGCAGAUUAAGAAAGUGGAAAUCAAGAAGGAGGAAACUCAAAAGGAGGUGACCGUCUCCACCGUAACGACCCGCAGCAUGAACCCAGAUAAGAUGUUCCGUCUGGGCAUGGAGGGCAACUACAAACUCUACAAGAACCAGUACAGCAGUAACAACCUGGCCUUGAACAAACCCCAGCACGCCGAGGACCGCGACCGGCGUAGGUACAUUGCCCACAAGUUCAGCCUGAACAGCUCGGAGAAGCUGCGAUGGAAUGGCACGGUGUAUGGGAACAAGCAGCUGAUCGUAUCCACACUGAGGCUCACCAUAACGCAGCUUGAGAGUCAAAUCCAGGCACCCUUAAUGCACUCCAACUGGGCCGUCCACCGCAACAACUGGAUCAAGGCCGUCCACAUGUGCAACAAGCCGCAGGAGUUUGCCCUUGCCCUCUCCAUCCUGGAGUGUGCCAUGAAGCCUGUCCUGUACACCCCGGUCUGGGCAGAUGGCCUGGGACACAUCAGGCUGAUCCGGACCACAGCUUUGGAAAAAGAGGAGAAGAAGAAGCAAGAGAAGAAGAGGAAGGACGAGGAGGAUGACAUCUACAAGAAUCCCAACAAUCGCUGGGUCAAGUACACCUUCCCCAUCAAGCACAUGGUGUGGAAGAUGAAAGGAGAAGAGUACCGUAUCGUUGGUGGUGAUGGAUGGGCAUGGGUCAGCUCCACCAGGAGAAAUCGAACUCUGCCACCCCCUAGCCCAGCUAGAGUCAGUCUGAUACGUAGCAUCAAGGCCUACGGUGACGAGCAUGUACUUGGAGAGGAACUAAACUACAAACAUGGCAUCCAGGGACAAAAAGACCUAGCGCAACAGAAAACAACAGUCAUAAAACACGCCUACGGCAAAGCAAGGGGAAAGAACAGAACGGCUUCAACAGCCGAAGUUGAAAUGAAAGAGUCAUCAGACAAAACAGAGGCUAGUGUGGAAUCUGAGAACGAGGUCAAAGAUCUGAAGGACAAAGAAAAGAAAGAUGAACCAAUCAAAGAAUCUUUGGAGGACGUUGAAGAGAAAGUACGAGAGGACUCGCCUGUUCCCAUGGAUACUGCAGAAAGAUCAUCAGCUGAAAUUGCUGCUAAACAAGCCGAUUCAGAGGAACAAACAGUUGACUCUGAAAAACAAAUGGAUUACUCGGAAACACCAAAAGUUGACUCAGAAAAACAAACAUUUGACUUAGAAAAGCCAAAAGAUGAACCGGAAAAACUAAUAGUUGACUCGGAAAAUCCAAAAGUUGAUUUGGAAAAACAAACAGUUGACUUGGAAAAACAAACAGAUGACUCGGAAAAACAAAUAGUUGACUCAGAAAAACAAACAUUUGACUUAGAAAAGCCAAAAGAUGAACCGGAAAAACAAACAGUUGACUCGGAACCAAUAGUUGACUCGGAAAAGCCAAAAGAUGGACCGGAAAAACAAACAGUUGACUCAGAGAAACAAACAGAGCAGUCAGAAGAACAAACAAUUCAUCCAGAGGAACAGAAAGCUCACUCGGAGGAACAGAAAAAUCACUCAGAAGAACAGAAAGCUCCAUCAGAGGAAGAAACAGAUCCAUCAUUAAAGGAUGCUAAGGAUCUAGCACCUGCAGACGUUUCAAAAACCAAGGAGGACAAUCUCGGUGUUUCUAGCAAUGCUGAGGAGCCUGAAGCUAUGGAUGUAUCUAAGGAGUCUGCAAAGGAGCAGUCGGUUCAACCUUCACCAGAGCCUACUGUUGAGACGUCAAAGGAACCUCCAAGCGUCAAAGAGGAGGAACCAGCGGUUUCUGCUGAUCAGGACAAGACGGCAGAAUCUAUGGAGGUAGGAGAAAGCACAACAGAACCUGCUAAGAAGACCUCGGAUUCUCUGCAGAAGGAGCAGCCAAGCAGCAAGAAGGAAGGUGUCUCGGACACUGUGGAACAGAGUAAAGAAGCAGUAGAACCAAUGGAUGUAACAGCGAGUAAAGAAACCCCAGGUGAAGGAGCCUUGGAUGAGGUUUCGAAAACCAGCCAACCGAUUCCAGUUACAGAGCAGAAGAAAACAGAGCAAAAAAUAACAGAGCAAAUAAUAACAGUGGAGUCUCAGAAACGGGACAGGGAAACAGCAACCACAUCUGGUAGACCAGCUCUGAAGGCAAACUGGGACAACGUUGACAUCAGUGAAGGCCUGAAGAACCAUACACUGUAUCGUAAGAUCGCCUACCGCUCACGGCUAGAGGGGUUCUUGGACAGAAGGGUCAAGCAGGAAGCUGCUGACAUUGAACGUCACAAGUCUCAUGUGCAGAAGUAUGAAACCUACCAGCGGAUCUUGAAGGAGAAGGACAGGCUAAAGGUGCUUCUGGAUAGUAGGAAAGAGGAUAUCAAGGCAAAGUCUACUGCGUUCAAAUCGGAACCUUUAGUAGUCAAGCAGGAGAACAGAGCACCAAUUAUGAAAGACCUGAGCUCUGAAGUAAAACGCACAGUAGUUGUAGUUCAAAGUGGUCCCCAGGCAACCUCUGUCAAGCAACCUCAGUUAAGUUCUGAGCUGGCCAAUGCAAAGCCAAUAGUUGGACCGGUAGACAGCAGUUCAGCUGCUGUGAAAACUAUGCCGCAAUUGUCUUCACCAAUUAGAACACCCACUGCAACAGUGGGUGGCAUCUCAGUUGGGCCUACCCCAUCACAGGGAGGUAAGUCGACAGAAACAGGAAGUCAAAUUGUUUCUGUUAAUAACAUAGAUGCAAAGAAGAGUGAGACCAAGCUGAAUACACCUGUCUUACCAGCAGCACCAACUGCCGUUACAAACCAACCAUCACUAGCAAUACCAUCGUCUUCUCAGGAUAAUUCAAAACCAAUGGCUGCUUCCCUCUCUUUUCCUCAAUCACAGAAGCCCCCGACUCAAAGUCCUUCCAAGGUACCUCCUUCUUAUCAGGCCGUUUAUGAGAAUAUGUUGGCCAGUGUUAGUAGUAUACCGAAUGUGACUUCCUCACCUAAAAAACUUACGGCGACAGCAGCAGCUCUGAAAUCCGAUCCUUCGCAAGAAACAAAUGAAAAGUCUGUCGCCCUGGACAAACCACCCGUUUCAUGCCCAGUUACUUCAAGCAAUAUUUUAAAUCCAUCACCUCAAAAUGUGAACAACAGUUGUGGGGAGGAUGGUAUCAGCCAAAUGAAAUGUUUGUCCAGAGUGGACGAUCCUCCUGCAGCUGUUAUAAACGAUGCCCAGCACAAUUUGCCGGUCGUGUGCACCAAGAAGGACACGGAGGUCGAUUUUUCUUCCUCCAAACCGACUCUCACAGAGGGAUUUGAAAAGCCUGACAACAAAAACCUCCAAGUGUUUAAGUUAAGUCAGACAGGGAAAUUAAAGCUCGUUGAUCAAGCUGCAAAAGAAGGUGUCACUUCUUCGUCACCUACAAUUGCUCAAAAUGCACUUGCUGCUGGAGAUAGUAAGGAAAUCAACCAUGUCGGAGAAAGUUCAUUACAGUCUCAUGUGACCAAACCCUCACAGACACUUGCCAAUAACUCAGACCAAAACACGGGCACCACAGGUGAAACUGUUGUCGCUAGUUCCCAUCUUAAAGACUUGGAGAAAGGACUCUCUGACAAAGUAAACUUUUUGGAAUCGCAAAAGGAGUCAAACAUUCUGGAUGGUUUAGAACGAAAGAGUAUACUUGUGCCUACGAAUGUUGAAGCCUCGAUUAAAAUUGAACCUGUCCAAAAUGCAACGCGACCAUCGGUAGGUGAUCCUGUGGUACCUAUGGAUGUCGAGGAAUCAAAGGAAAUCUCCUGUGAAGCUUCAGUUCCACAUCCAGAAAGCGUCAACAGUGAACGGAACUUGUUUUCUUCCCUGAAAGAGAACCUACAAACUCCUCACAAACCCUCGGUUGAGGAAAAUAUUUCUCAGCAGAUCCACACAUCCAGUCAACUAAGUGGCGGAGGUGACAGCGGCAUGAAUGUUGCAGUCAAACAAGAGGAAAAUCCUGCGGCAUCCUUCGAGUCUAUUGCUGCUGAAGAGAGUUCCCGUAAAAUUUUAACACAGGAUGGCCAGUCUGCUGAAAGAGUUGAUAGUAAUAAGGAAACUCUUGUUGACAACAGCACCCCGAAGGCAGUGGAGGGCAAAGUUCCUGUUGAAUGGAGCAGUAGAGUCCUAGAGACAACAAACUCUUCCACAUCCCCAAACAAAACAUCUCUCCCUGUAAGUGAGGCAUCCGUCAUGCCUUCUACCACCGCAGCUAAUGACGCACAACAGCAGAAGGAAACCCCAACGAGCGAAAAACCAAUUGCAUCAAAUGAAAUCGCGCAGGUUCCUGUCGAAGUUGGUAGUGAUCAAAAUCUUCCGGAUACCGUCAAGCAAGAAACAACACCAAGUGUUGAAACAAAUAAUCAAGAGAGGGUAAACACAGUUGUGGGGGAAGUGACACAUGAUAUAACUAAUUCCCAUCAACAACCUAAGCAAGUCUCAAACUCGUUAGGUUUUCAACACACGGCGCUGAUAAAAGACGCAAGCUUGCAGGCUGUUGUAGCGGCUGUGCCAGCUGCUCCAGUUUCAACCAACACCACUGUCUGUAAGACCCCACAUACCAGUGCGCCAACAGUGACCACCCAAAAGGUGGAAGUGGUAAAUUCAGCUCAGGCUCAAAACACCACAGACUCAAUGCUCAAUGAGAAACCAGCAAACGCCAAGGGCAAUUCGUUGAUAAGUGAAAAGAUAUCCCAACUUGCUAGUGGCGUGGUCAUUUCGAAGGAACAAUCAAAGAUCCCACAAAAGACAGUUCACAUUACCCAAGGCAGUAAGACCUUGGAGAGUGUCAAUACCGCAGUAGCAACAACUGCCAAACAAACUGUUUCCUCAUCAGUCCAAGGUGUGCAGCCAGUGACGUCAAACCUUGUGCAGUCCGGCAAGGGGAAUGUGUCAAUUUUACCAAAGAUCGCUCAGCAGGGAGUUUCACCGCUGCAGCACCAGCAAAGGGUUGGGAUAAUGCAGCAAGGCCCAUCUGGACCCAAGGUGGUGUAUAUCUCCCAACAAGGUGUUGUAAGUGCUAAUGCGCAGAAAGGUUCCACAACAUCAACAUCGAUCCCGCAAAAGACCCUGCCCACCGCCAUCCCCUCUAAGAACAGUCUCAGUGCCUCUCUUCCAACAUUAGUCCCUAAGCCUGUACCUAAGCCCGUACCAAAGCCCCUGAAGACCCUUAAGGAGAUCAUAGACAGUACAAAAGUACAAACUGCUAAUAAUGGAGUUCCAGUGGCAACAAGUACAGUAAUGAGAACUACACAGUCCAAGGUCUCCACGUUCACCAGGACGAUAACUAAAUCCGAAGCAACCUCCUCGCUUUUCAUGACCAAAGAAUCCAGUUCAAAAUCCAAUGCAACUAUAACAGUCUCGGCUGCCUCGGUUGGCGGCAUAAGUAUCUCAUUCGCCGAUAUCAACGAGAAAAUCAAAUUCAUCGAAGAGAACUUGAAGAAUCCCAGGGAUAUGCCAAAACGACCCAGGGUCUGUGACCCUUACCGCCUCACCACCAAGUCGCCUCAAAACGCAGCUCGAAAAGCCGCCCAGAAGAAAAUAGCCAAGCCCCUCCCAAUGUGUCGCAAGUUUGCGACCCGCAGCAAGCUCAAGAGCAUCCUUAUACUGCCCCCGCAUGAGCUGAAGAAGCUUUGCCGCAGAGGGGGUCGCUACGAAGUGGAGGGAUUCAGUUACAACUUCAAGAACUGCGGUGACUACUGGCCGUACCCCUCUCCAAGGCCAACCUUCAGAAUAUGCUGGCGGUAUCGUCUUCAGACGGUGAGCUCCUUCUCGGCCGUGGGACUGAUGUUGCAUAUCCUGUGGGCGAGCAUCAGGUGGGAGGACAUGUCUCAGAAACCUCUUCAUGGGAUCUCGCACUCUAUAGAGACGGAGGAGGAGAGGAUAACCACGGAGAUCUGCAAGAAGAGAGACAUCCAACCGUCUGGGCUGAGGUCGGAGUAUCUCAUCAGGCAGAUCUUCUCUCCGAUGGGCAAGGAUGACAAAGAAAUAGCUGUUCACAAACCCCAGCGCUCGGGUCUGCGUUCCAGCUCGGCGCCCAUGAAGCCGCCAGAGCCGAUCAAGCCAAAGGGCCCUCAGGUUAUUGAGACGUGGGUCAGGGAGGAAGAGAUGGAACUGUGGGAGAUUAUCCAGUAUGGCGAGAGAAUGAAAAAAUUGGCUCGUGAGAAACAGCAGCAGCAGAACAAGGCCAAGGAUUCCAAGCAUGGCUCUAGCUCCAGGGGAUCAUCGACGGUCAGUACACCACAACAGGUCAAAGAGCAGUUAGAAGAACAGCUGAAAAACACCAGGCAAUCUGGACAGCAGAAGAGACUCCAACAGCUUGCUCCUUCCCCAGCGUCUGGAACUAUCAUCUCGGCCACACCUACCAUCAAGGGCACCCAGCGUAUCCUAGCGCCUAUCACGAUCUCAACAACCUCAAUCACCUCCACCCCCAGUAGGAAGGGCAGAGGGGGCACGAUGCUUUCGGGCAAGCAGGCACCUAAGAAGGUGAUCAGCGCCAAGGACGUUGCCCAAAAUGUGGUCAAGGUGCAAAGGGGCGGCCUGUCUGGACCCCAGCUCCUCCAGAUUCAACCGGGUCAGCUCAAGGUGACGACGAACCCAACCAAGUUUGUCUUCGCUUCUACUGGAGCAACGGUUGGCACCCCUACAAUCAUGACAGCAGGAGGUCUCCAGGUCAACGCCAAUCGCUUCCCUACGUAUGCAGGUUCCACCUCGAAGGUUGCAGCGGUCACGCCCAAAAUAGCUGGGACUACUGGGCGGACCUUGUACGUCCGGACAACCCAGGCUGGUGUCGGUCAAGUCACUACUAUGGCACAAGGGCAGGCUGCCAAUGUAGUCUCCGGUAGUAAACCAGCAGUCCAACUAACCACCCAGGUACCGGCUUCCACCCAGAUCAUCCGAACGGCUACCCCAACGACCACGCCCGGAGCCACCACCACCCCCGCAGUCACCCCCACCCAGACCCAGAUCUCCGGGCAGGCACACGUCUUCACCGCCCAGGCACAGUCGGUUAUGGUCGGGGGACAGCGCUUUGUUAUCACUCCAGCUCAGGUUCAGGUGCAGGGUACCGGGCAGAUGAUUGCUGCCCAGUUGAUUCAGACGACGACGGGACAGGGAACCACUCUGCAGAGACUUGUGUUGACGCCCAACGCUGCAACUGUUCCAGGUCAACAGUCCCAGGUUCCCCAGCCAGUCAACAUCCAAGCCACCAUCCAAGCUCUACAGCAACAAACCCAGGCCCACCAGAUCAGUUUACCCCAGGCCAAGGUAGCCCCUGCCACCACCACCCCGGUAGUAGCACCGGCCACCAAGGUCCAGCCUGCAGCACAGCUCACUUCCCAGGCAGCGGUGGCGCUGCAGCAGCAGAAGUUACUGGUAGCUCAACAGCAGCAGAUACAACUGCAGCAGCAGCAGUCUUUGAAAGCACAGACACCCAAGCCUGUGACACCGAAGUCGCCUUCCAAAAAGUCCUCCAGUUCACAGAGAAAGCAACAGAAGCAGCAGAAGAAACAGCAGCAGCAACAGCAGCUGCAGACUAUUGCCCAACGCCAGGAGCAGCUGAAGCAGAUCGCUAACAUGCAAGUGGAGGACAAGCACCUGCAGUUGCAGUUCCAGCGGGAGAUGGCCAAGCAGCAGCAACAGAUCCGAGAGGCGGCUGAGCUUGAGACGCUGCGAGCAAAGCAGCGCCUCAUGAGCCCUCAGGAGAAGGCUGACCACCAGAGGAUGCUGUCUUGUCAGCAAGUGAUGAAGAGUCUCCUGGAUCGUGUCGAGAGGGAAGAACGGCAGAACCUCAAGCGCAAACGCAAAGAGGAGACCCAGGCAGACAAGAAGCAGCGACUUGCCUCAACCAAGAUGGUGGGUCUCCUCUACAAACACAAGGAGGCCCUCAAGAGGGAGAUCUUGGCCAAGCGAGAGCUACUGGAACAGAACAUGUUGAAGGAAGCCCAGGAUGACAUAAAGCAAACAAAUAAGGCAACUAAGAAACGCAAACAAACAGAGGACUCCCCCAAGAAAACACCCACGGACGUUGCCAAACCCAAGAAGAAGAAGCUGAUCCACACCUCACCAACGCCCAAAGUCAGCUCCAAGAAGGACACCAAGCGAGAGCCGAGCAAAUCAGCGACCAAGGAGAAGACGAAAGUGGUCCGAGAGAUUGCCAGAGUGCCGGAGGAGAAGAUGGAACAGUCCAUUAUGGUAGAGGAGGAGGAGAGACACGAAAAGCAGGAUAGACGUCAACAAGAUGUUAUGGAAGAGGAAGACCCGGAGAAGCUGUACUGCGUCUGCAAGAAGCCCUACGAUGCUGCAAAAUUCUACAUAGGCUGCGACAUGUGCCAGAACUGGUUCCACGGUGCAUGCGUCAAUAUCUCUGAAGAGAUGGCUGAGGGCCUGAAUGACUACAUAUGCGAUGAGUGUAAUACACGCCGGCAAGAGAACGAAGAAGACCUGUACUGUCUCUGCAGACAGCCUUACGAUGAAUCACAGUUCUACAUCGGUUGCGAUCGCUGCAAUGACUGGUUCCACGGUCGUUGUGUCAACAUCUCCCAGCGAGAGGCAGAGGUCAUCGAGAACUACAUCUGUCCAAAUUGUAAGUCGGCAAAGUCCCAGAAGGUCCAUCAGCGAACCCUGGAGAGCAAGGACUAUGAUCAACUCAGAAGAGUCGUCCGCCAGCUACAGAGCCAUAAGAUGGGUUGGCCAUUCCUAGACCCAGUGAGUGAGCUUGAUGCACCAGACUACUAUGACAUCAUCAAAGAACCCAUGGACCUCGCCACGAUUCACGAGAACCUGACCAAGAAAGUUUACACCAAGCUGCAUGAAUUUAACACUGACAUCAGCAAGAUCUUUGACAAUUGUCGCUACUACAAUCCCUCAGAUUCCUCUUUCUACCAAUGUGCGGACGUCCUGGAGAAGUUUUUCCUGCAGAAGAUGAAAACAUUUAAGGAAUAGUUUGGGAGGAGGCUCAAGAGGUUUUAAAGCCUCCAAAACCUUAAAGGAAAACCUCACCUAAGACGGGCUAUAAUUCGUUGAGACCAGAGGAAGGUGUCAAUCUCAGAUGUCUAGUUGGUAUGACACUGCUCUAGAUAUGCAAAGGUUGUGGGUUCAAAUCCCACCCGAGUAAUAUGACAGUGU